AUGAAGCUUGAAUUGUCCCCCGUGCCGCACAAAUCAAGCCAAGUCGAGCCAAUCGAAGCGCGACGCUGGGUGAGGUGGGGCUCUUGGUGCGUGCGGGGAGCUUGUCCACAGGAGCGAAGCAUUGCCCCGGGUACCGCCUCGAUGUUUGUUGAUUUCUUCCCUUUCUCCUCGAGACGAACAGCAGCUCUGAUCUCGGCAGGAAUGGCGAUGGACUCGAGCCACGGUAAGGAGGCCGCAUCCCUACCACCGCAGCGGACACCCCUCCUUCCAUGCAGCGUCAAUUCUAUUCGACGUGCCUCGCCAGCACCGAAUGUUCAAAAUACUCAUCGCUUCACAGAUGCGCUAGCACUCGCCGCCAAGCCCAGGAAGCGGCCCCGGUCGCGAGGGUCGACGACGUCGAUUCAUAGUGCCACCACGCAAGCCAACGUGGAACACAGCUUCGCCGAGUCCGCAGACGUGUAUUCGUCACAAUGGCUACCCAACAGCGCCAGCCAUGCGCGCGAGCUGCCAAACGGAUCGACCCAGAUGACGCCGGAGGACCUGUUGCUGGCGUCACAGCUGCAGGCGAGUCGCGACUUCGGACCCGACGCCACCAUGAACGCGCCGAUUCCAAACGUCUCUUUCCACCACCACAGCCACCACAGCCAUAGUCUCAGUCGCCAGUCCCUCUCCGCCGAGUCCUUUGCCGGCAACACGAGCUUUGCGGACGAUAGCCAGAUGCUCGAUCGGGAAGUACACGACGGCGACGACUCGUUCAAUGGGAUGGCCACGGCGACGAAGUCGGGUGCGCGUUCUAACGCCAAUAACGAGAUUGAGAUGCGGCAGCUGUUCCAGACCAACAAGCAUCGCAGCCUCGAGGAUGUUUCCCACGAGCUGCUCGGAAAUGACCGGGGGCCAAACUCUGAACGCGCGCGCCAGUUGAGAGAAGAGCAACCCGACGUCCGCGAUAGCCCCAGCCAAACUGCGGUGCCUUUGGGAGAGAACCCCUCUUUGUCACAAAGUUUCAACACGCUACCCGCCGCCAAUUCUACAUCUAUGCGAUCCGACAGAACUCCAUUUUCCGCUCCUCCCAUCACACACCAACCCGGACCGAGUAUCGUACGAUCGCGCGAGUUUCAUCACAGUCUCUACAAUCAACCAAAGGCGGUUGGCGUUGACCAGCUACAAUCGACGAUGGGCAAGACGCCCCAGGAGCUUCGCUUUUCGACCGAGACGGGGGAAACGUUCAAGCAGUCGGAUCCGAUUAUUCUUCCCCGAAUCGAAGCAUACCUCCCAGACGGCACAGAUCCUGAUGCGGCCAAGUCCCUCGUGGCCCUCUAUCGCUCUUAUUGCACGUCUUUGGUCGAAUGCAUCCGCUACUGCAAGGAGAAGGCGUUCUUCCACCUCUUCACAUCAUUUCAGGGGACCCUCACCAUGCCCGUACAGAAACUGUUCGCAAAUCCGGCCAUUGCUCCGUGGAUCGAAGAAUCUGAUUUUGUCCUGUAUCAGCGAAUGAUGCGCAUUGUCUCGGGUCUCACCCUCCAGGUUGUACCCAAGCCUGUUCUCGACACGCUACGCAACAUCUCGGAGCGGCUCGUACCCCAUAUCCGAGAGUCAUUCCAAGGACAACCUCUCCACGUGGUGAGGGCCAAAGAGGGGCCGGCUACCAUUUUUGCCGGGUUGCUCGACAGGGCACUACGGGUGAACCUCACUGCCCACGCCGCCGCAAACAUGCUGUCAAACCCUGCAAAUCGCGACCUAAUGUACAUGGAGUGGAUCUCCAUGGUAAACGUUAAGAAGCUGGCCGAGUGUAUCCCAUCACGCGGCAUGGACGAUGUCGUCAAUCUUCUGCUCAAUGAGAUGCGCGAUCUACUCAGCCCGGUCAACAUCCCAUGGGAGAUGGAAUGCUUGACGUCACAGGGUGAUGUUGUUAUACGGAACGGCAGGCCAUCCCAGGAUGGUGGUUUCGAAGAAGUGGACUCGUCUAACGUGCUGGAUCGCUGGGUCAACUUGCUACGUUCCCUCCCGAGCCGGUUCCCAUACGCGUCGGACACAGACCUUGUCUGGUGCGUUCAAAGGCUGAGCACGGCAUUGAUGAGGGACCUCACAAUUGCGCAAGGGAAGAGUUUUGGGUCGUGGUGGGUGACAAAAUGCUGGGUUGACGAGAUGAUUCAAUUCAUGGCAGAGCAGGGCGGCUUCUUGCAGCAGAAGUCGAGUCAAGCCCCGCUUGCAAUUCCGAAGCGGCAAUCGGCAAACCGAGAGCUGAGCCACCAAGGGUCUCGGUACAGCAGUGCCAGCGAUGAUUUUGGUAUGUCGCGCAUGCCGGAGCCACAACCAGACCGGGCACCGUUUCCUUCGGCGCCUGCCACCAACAGCCAACAAGCGACGCACGAUGAUAGCGGAAUCGGCAUCCGGACACCUGACGAGGAGUUGCCGGCUGACAAGUUCAGCCUCACGCCCGCAACGGCUCAGGAAUUAUUUGCCGGCACAGAGCUACAAGUCGAGUUGGGCGAUAUAUAA